AUGGGGAGUGAAGGGAAGCUAGAGGAAAGUACAGCACCCUUAUUGGACUAUUCAUAUUCGAACGUAAGUUCAGAGUAUGAAGAAGAAGAAGAAGAUGACCAUGAAAAGCAAGAUCUGAAACGGAGGGUCUGGAUUGAAUCAAAGAAGCUUUGGUACAUCGUUGGCCCUGCGAUUUUCAGCCGCAUCACUUCUUAUUCUAUGAAUGUCAUCACCCAAGCUUUUGCUGGUCACCUUGGUGACCUUGAUCUUGCUGCUAUCUCCAUUGUCAAUAAUGUCAUUGUUGGCUUCGACUUUGGCCUGUUGUUGGGGAUGGCAAGUGCUUUGGAGACUUUAUGUGGGCAAGCUUAUGGGGCAAAGAAAUACCACAUGUUGGGUGUAUAUAUGCAAAGAUCAUGGAUUGUUCUCUUCGCCUGUUGUCUUUUGCUUUUGCCCAUUUACAUAUUUGCAACACCAGUUUUGAAGCUACUGGGACAGCCUUCAGACGUAGCUGAGCUCUCAGGUUUGGUGGCCUUGUGGAUGAUCCCACUUCACUUCAGCUUUGCCUUUCAAUUUCCGAUGCAGAGGUUCUUGCAGAGUCAGCUGAAGACGGCGGUGAUUGCUUGGGUGUCCCUGGUGGCACUGGUGGUUCAUGUGGUGGUGAGCUGGGUGUUGGUGUAUGGGUUGAAGCUUGGGGUGGUGGGUACAGCGGCGACUUUGAACUUUUCUUGGUGGGUUUUGGUGGUUGGGUUGUUUUGUUACACUGUUUGUGGUGGGUGUCCUCUUACUUGGACUGGCUUCUCAUUUGAAGCCUUUUCUGGUCUUUGGGACUUCUUCAAGCUGUCUGCAUCUUCUGGACUCAUGCUUUGCAUGACAAUCAAUGGGUGGGAGAUGAUGAUACCUCUUGCCUUCUUUGCUGGAACUGGGGUAAGAGUAGCCAAUGAACUUGGAGCAGGCAAUGGAAAAGGAGCCAAAUUUGCAGCAAUAGUCUCAGUGAUAACCUCUAUAGUGAUUGGACUCUUUUUCUGGCUACUAAUUAUGAUUUUUCACAAUGAAAUUGCCAUCAUUUUCUCUUCAAGCAAGCCUGUCCUUGAAGCUGUGAACAAGCUCUCAAUCCUCUUGGCCUUCACUAUUCUCCUCAACAGUGUUCAACCAGUUCUCUCAGGGGUCGCUGUUGGAUCGGGGUGGCAAUCUCAGGUGGCGUACAUUAACGUAGCAUGCUACUAUAUGGUUGGUGUUCCACUUGGAUUUAUGAUGGAGUGGGUUUUCCACCAAGGAGUAAAGGCAGAGAAAGCAAGCAAGCAUGUGAAAGAGUGGGCAGACUCGAGCUAA